GUGGUUCUUAGCCAGUGGGAGGAUGAAGCACCCUUAAGAAGUAAUUGGAGAAGAGAUUGGUAUAUGACAACACCAAGGUAUCCAAACAGAAAAAGGUCUGGAGGGUGGAAAACAUUCAUUAUGAGCUGUGUUAUUUGCAGGGUCUUAUUCCAGGGCCAAAAGGUCACAAAGAGGGGAAAUGGUCAGGAGGUUUAUGAAACUACAGAUCGUUUUUCUCUUUGAAAUACUAGAACUCAGGUUCAUCCAAUGAAACUGAGUAGUGGUACAUUCUAGGGCUUUCUACAGGUGCUCUCUUGCCAGUGCCCCCUAAUGGCUGUUUGGCCAAUGGCAACCACCAGACAAGCAAGAGGUUCUUCAGAUUCCACUGGACAGACUCUUAGGUGGAGACAAACGUUUAUUAAUUGGUAAACAUUAGCAAAGAAAUUGAUCAGCAACAUAGAAUGGAGUCUAAUAUAAAGCCAACAGCAAUGGGAAUAAACUACAAAGUUGCAAUAUAACCAAUAAGCAAAAAAUCUUAGGCAGCAAUAAUUGUAAUACAGAAAGAAUAGGUACAGUUCUACAUGUCUCUCCAGCUGAUGGAGAUUUGAAAGACUUAUCUGGGACACUUCAGACUGGCUGACGGUCGUUCUCUUCACAUUCCGGGCCCUGAAGAUCCCAGGCUCCAGGGAGAUCAGAUUGGCCUCGACUAGAGCCAGGGCCUUUUCAGCCAUGGCCCCAGCCUGGUGGAAUGCUCUCUCACAAGAGACCAGGGCCCUGCAAGAUAUGACAUCCUUCCGCAGGGCUUGCAAGAUGGAGCUGUUCCACCAGGCCUUUGGUCGGGGUUCUGUCUGACUCAUUUUCUCUUUGUAGAAGAACAAGCACGAAGGAGGCUUCCCAGCCCGCUCACAGGUCCUUAUAAUAUCAGUCGAAACAGUUGGUCCUGGCGUGUAUUAACUGCUUUCAAUUUUAACUUGAGGAUCAUCAUUUGUCCAGUUUUAAUUUUAAUUUAUUUGAAUUAAUUUUUGGAUGCAUUUUAAUUGAUUGCUUGUUUUAUGCAUAUUGUAUUGUUUAUAUGAUGUUAGCUGCUCUGAGCCCAGCUCCACCUGGGGAGGGGAGGGUACAAAUAAAAAUUUAUUAUUAUUUAUUAUUAUUCUGGAAUGGAACAUAGAACAAUGUAUCAAGAUCUCCCUGUCUCCUUCAGUUGCUGGCCCUUAUAUAGUCCAUAGCUUAGGUCUCACACCACGCUGGCAACAGAUGUAAUUCAUGAUAUAAUUACAUUCCCAUCCUUUGAUGUAAUUAUGUUCCCAUCCUGUGUGGCCCUCAUCCCACCCCCAAAGCCGUGGAAGAGGUGCUGACCAUGGGAGGCCCAGCAGGCCUCAGGCGGUGCCACCCGCGUGGCCCCAAACCAGCCCCAAUGCCAGGAAGGAGGUGCCAGCCACGGAAAGGCCUAAGCCAGCCCCACCGUGGCCCCAGUCCCCUGCCUGGCCCCGAGGGGAAGCCAUGAAGGUGAGGAACACUUACCUCACCAAGACCGAAAUCCAGCGAUGCAUCCAGUAGGAAGAAAACAAAGCCCGUUGUCCUGCCGAGAUGGGGGUGGGCAACGGCCAACCUGCACAAGGUGGGUGGCACCGGGCCAGGUAAGACCCAUGAGGUGUCACAAACCCCGCCCAACUCCUGGAGGGGGUGUGAGCGGAAUUUACGCUCCCAUCCUUUCACUUCUCAAACAGCCACGUUCCUUAUAUUAAAGCUGCAGCUACAGCGGAAACCAGGAGACCACAUUCUUUUUUAUUCCCUGGCAAUACAGGUGCCCUGCUCUGAUUCAUGGGCCCAGUUUGUCAAUCCAAAUCAUGAUCAGAAAAUACAAGUCUUUGGCAAUCCCAUUUGCUAGCUCAGAUGAAGAAGAAGAAGAGAAGAGGAGUUUGGAUUUGAUAUCCCGCUUUAUCACUACCCCAAGGAGUCUCCAAGCGGCUCACAAUCUCCUUUCCCUUCCUCCCCCAUAGCAAACACUCUGUGAGGUGAGUGGGGCUGAGAGACUUCAGAGAAGUGUGACUAGUCCAAGGUCACCCAGCAGCUGCAGGUGGAGGAGUGGAGAUGGCUUAAAAAAGGAAUUAGACAAGAGCCCUCUUUGUUCUUUCUUUAAGCCACAGCAUCAGCUGUCAGGUUGGGUCUUUGCAAACAGAAAACAAAAUGCCACACCCGGAGAGCCUGUGUAACAGCUUCCCCUCUGCUGCUUUUCCAGUUCCAGCUCCAAAAUCUUGCUAGAUUCAAUUGGAUUUAUAUGCAUCUCUCUGAGACUGGAUCUUGUACUCCAUCUUUUCUGAUGAUCAGGAGGUAGUUCUAUAAUUAAAUGUAUAUACCUUCCAUCAAGGGUGGGGAACCCUCCAGAUGUUAUUGGUCUACAAUGCCCAUCGCCCUUAACUAUUGACCAUGAUGCCUGUGAUGGAGGACAUUGGCACCCAGGAACAUCUGAAGACCUCAUAGAUCCCACACAAUCUGUCAAAUGGUGAACAUCUUACUGGAGUUCUGUAAACUAGAUGUCUGGGAGUUUAGAGAGGGAUAGGAUGCAAAAUAUGAAUGUGCUAUAUUACCUGAAACAAUUUUCAAAAAUGCCUUGGAAUCCAUAUAGAACAUCUCUUUUAGUUUAAAACUGAGACUGAUCCAGCAGAAGAAAAAGAAAGAUGUUUCAGUUAUAUUGGACUCAACAACUUCUUGACUGAUGGUCUCAUACUGAUAGACGCCACUCUGUACCUAAUGUGUGCAUAGUGUUAUUCUACAUUUGUUGUUGUCUUAUUCUAGUUUGUUAUUCCACAGACAAAACUGAGAGGAUGGGGAAGCCAGCGCUCGCAAAGCGUGCAGCAUUCAGAAGACAUGCAGUGUCCAGAAAGCGUAAAAGAAAAGAAAAGGAAACUGGUGAUCUGUAUACAGCACAGUCAUAUGGGUUGAGGUUUCUCAUAAAGUAGAGGAAUGCACGGGAAAGGGAAGUUGAUGGAGAGACGGGCAGGGAGUGGAACCGGUCAUGUUGUGCCAGGGAGGAGUGCAGAGAAAAGCCCACACAGCUCUUUGGGUGCCAGAGGUCCACUAAGCCCCAUAGAAACCCCAGGGGUGAGCCCACUCUUUGCUGCUGGCUGUUGUGUUCCUUUAGUGUGUUCAGUCAGGAAUGGCUGUACAAUUAGGCAGAAUGAGGCAGUUGCCUCAAGUAGUAGGUGCUGGGGUGGGUAGAGAUGUGUAGACCAGGGGGCAGCAAACUUUUUUGGCAGGGGGCCGGUCCACUGUCCCUCAGACCUUGUGGGGGGUCUUGAAUUAUUAUUUUUUUAAAAAAUGAACGAAUAUUUUUAAAAAUAAUAGUGAACGAAUUCCGAUGCACACUGCAUAGAAUUAAUCCGUUCCAGACUUUUAAAAACAAACCCUAAAACAAUUUAACAUGUUUUUGCAAUUUAACAUGAAUUUUCCUAUCUAACGAGACCAUUGAGCCAUAAAAUGAAAGGAAUAAACAAUGUACUGUACUGUAAAAUAAAUAAGGCAGUAUUGCAGAUGAUAAAAAAUUAAAAUUAAUUUUUUUUUCUUACCUGCACUGAUGAUAGUCAUUGUUUGGAUGCGGGGUCCUCACCUGGGUUUGGGGCAUAGCUAUCAACUUUUCCCUUUUCUUGCGAGGAAUCCUAUUCGGAAUAAGGGAAUUUCCCUUUAAAAAAGGGGAAAGUUGACAGCUAUGGUUUGGUGCUGCGUUGCGGCCUGCUGGGCCUCCUGCUGUCGGCACCUCUUCCGCGCUUCGGGGGUGGGAUGGGGACCCUCCUGCUGGCAGUGGAGGCCAAAUCAGCACUGUGGCGGCAGCAGGGCGAGCUCUGGACUGCGGGAAGGUCUCUGGAGGCCCUCCCACCGUUCGCAGCCCUCCCACCGGCAGGGAUUAUCUUGGCGCUGCGUUUCAUUGGUAGAGCUGCUGAGGCAUCAGCUCUACCAAUGAAACACAGCGCUGGGGUGAGGGAUGACCCUGUCACUGCGUUGGCUCUACCAAUGAAACACAAUGCUGGGGUCAGCCCUCAGCCCUCAUCCCGGCACUGCGUUUCACCCUCAGACUCUCGGAGGGUCCUUAAAUGGCCUUGCGGCCAGGAUUUACAACCCUGUCAGGCCUGACUCGGCCCGCAGACCAUAGUUUGCUGACCCCUGGUGUAGACCACACAAACUGCACUGCACCUCCUCAGCUAGUCUGCUGCCCCAUCAGCAGCAUAGAAAUAGGAGCCAAUGACCAGCCCAGCUCAGCUUGUGUAUGUGGAAUUGUGUGAAUGGAGGGAGCAUCUUGUCAUUUGCCUGUGGGGCAGAAAGUAGUAUCAAAGGCUACUGUCUUCUGAUCCAGACAUUGGUCAGAAAAGUUUUCUCAAGCAGCAAGGCAUCUCGGCUUGCUUCCUCCACCUGCUUAUUCUCCCAAGUGCCCACUCCUUGAACAGUUGAGUGUCUCUGGCUGAUGGCUGCCACAGCACAUGGAAACCCUUUUCCCUGGGGUGGGAAUGGUAUGUUGACUAUUGAUGGCUAAAGCAGAAUUUUCUUUCUUCAAGCAUCAGCUUUUCACGAGUUGGUUACUUUCUUCAAAUCUCCAACGGGUGAAAGAUUGAUCGUACUUGAGAUUUUCAUCUUUACUGUCAUGACACUGCUGAUUUACACGCUAUGUAAGUACAUAAUUGGUGUACGUUGAUACUACUGUUGUGGGCUUUGCUUCAAUGCCAAUAGCAUUUGCAAAAAAAGAUGGCAGGAUCCACCUUCCCUUUACCCCUUUCAUCUCUCUUUGAUUUCCAGGGGUGAGUUACAGCUGUCACCCAUUGAGAGCAAUGACAAUGUUUUCUUCUCCCUGAAAAAGUGAGUUCCAGCACUUGGAAGAGAGGCAUAGGCUAACACAAGUCCCUGGGACACCCUGGACAAUUUCCUUUUCCAGUUUGCAAUUCUCUCCUUCCUGAUCUCGCCACCCUGCCCUGUAGAGUUCCCAAAGCAAGGAAGAAUUGGACUCUGAUUAAUAAAAUGCACACGAGGCUUGACCAGCAAGACUCUGGGAGGAGUGUGUAUAAUAAUAAUAAUUCUCUCCACCCCUUGGCCCAGGUCGUUUUAUUCACAAAAGAACUUUUUACACAGUGUUCGUAAGAACCAAUCAGAUUUCCUCUGAGCAUUUCAAAAACCCCACGUGGGGACAAAGUUAAAAGUUAAAACUACAAAGAGCUAAUUUGAGCAUGCAUAGUAGUCCAGAGUAAAUAAAAGAGGAAGCAACGAGGAAUGCUUUUAGGAAACCCCAGAGGUCAUAAACAGGAGUAAACAGGAGAGGAAGGAUAGGUAGUAUUUACCAUCUCCUUGUGAAAGAUUAACAAACUACAUCAAAGCUACCUUCUAGCUUCAUGACCCAGGAUGCCUGAUGAACAACUGGCCUGUGUUUAGAAUGCUGAUACGUGCCUGUCAGGCAGAGAAAUAUCAGAGACACAGAUCAGAAAUCAUAUCAAAAUGGCUCAAACCCAGCCAACGCAAUGCUUUCAUUGCUGAGACAAAUGGCUUGCUCCAUAUUUUUUAUAAUUCCUCAUAGCAAUCCCACCUGAUCAUUACAUGCCCUCUGCUAGAGCUCCAGUCCCAUGAAGGAAAGUGCUUGGGGGAAACAGGCUGGGGAGGCUAAGGCCAUGGCCAAUGUGGGUGGGUCCAGAGCCUACCUAAAUAUCGAGAUAUAUGCAGGGCUUUUUUCAGCUAGAAUUAAUCAGGACUCAGUUCUGGCCCCUCUCAGGUGGGUGCCCCUGCCAUUCUAAGAGAACAAGGGAGGCAUUCAUGGUGUGUUCCGGUGUCUCUUUUUCUAGUAACAUAGCACUGGAUAGAUGAACACAUGGCCUACUUGCCUAGAUAAUUCAUUUUUAAAGGGGACUCCAAAGUAAGCAAAGCUCAGGGGGAGGGAACCAAAUGACCAAGAAUUUGCAUAUUUUAAGCAUGAGGCAGCCUGGCAAAUGCAAGUCUGUAGGACAAAGAGGGCAGGUGUAUCUAGACACCCCAAAAUCUAAAGCUCCCUAAGGAAGGCCAACCAUCUGGUGACAGAAGUAGCAGGCCAAAUGGAAACAGGACUUCCGACCACCAGGGCAGCUUAAAUCAAGGCAUGGGAACCCUCAGUCUAAGGGCUGAGAGCAGAAAAUAUUAAUUGAACUCAUUUUCAUGUUUUUAUUGAUUUGAUUUUUUUAUUUGUCCUUCUCCAUAAGGUCCCGGGGCACGUUUGUUGUACAAGUCAGCAAUUUAAAUUCAAUAUUAAUAGCAGUUUGAAACCAAGUAUCCCCUUCCCCAGUUUAUCAGACUAGCGUGCUAGAACACAAUUUCUUCAUUUCUUUUCUACCUACUUCCUUCUUAGAUCAGAAGGAACUGCAAAAAAGGCAGGAGUUUCAAAUGGCAGUGGAUAUGAUUCGAACUGUUCUGGUUGGGAUUGAUCCAGUCUAUAUAGACAAGGAGGGUAAGCAUUUUAUAUGAACACCCCCACUUUUGCUGUAACAUGUUUAAAUUAAACAGAGUUCAAUUCAUGUAGUUCACUUUGGGAUUCAAAUUGUGUGAGCAAAACAUAUAUUCAAUGAAACUCAUCACCCCACAGAGUUUAGCACUUUUUCAUUGCUCAGCAGGAAGAAAAGCAGAUGGUUGUGAUUUUCACAUCUCCCCACUAGAAAUGCUGUCCUCCCCCAUCAAACUGUAAUUCACAAUGUUUGUGCUAGUGCAAGAUUUUAGCACUAGCAGAAGGGAACGUUCCCCCCACUUCUCCUUCAUGCCAUCACCAAAGCUGCUCUCCUGGGGUGAACGGGACUUCAGAACAAAUUGGAGGGAAGGGGGCUGAAGAUUGCAUUGCACAAGGAAAAAUCCUUGCGUUGACACAAUGUCCUCCUUAGAAUUAUGUGGAAUGCAACCCAGAAUUCAGCAGAAAAAGAGUUUCGGUGCCUCUAUUUUCUUAGAUCUCACAAAGCAUAAUUGAAACUGCGAAGUAUUCUUUGUAUAUUUGGCUUUCCUGUGGGACUCAAGGCAGGAAUUGGUUUGUGACCCUGUGAUUCCCAGCAGAAAAGGAGGACAUAGGAGGGGAACAUUAGAGAUACUUCAUGAGCCACUUUUAAAAUAAUAAUAAUAAUAUAGUAAUUUAUUAUUUAUACCCCGCCCAUCUGGCUGAGUUUCCCCAGCCACUCUGGGCGGCUCCCAAUCAGGUGUUAGAAACAGUACAGCAUUAAAUAUUAAAAACUUCCCUGAACAGGGCUGCCUUCAGAUGUCUUUUAAAGAUAGGAUAGAUGCUUAUUUCCUUCACAUCUGAAGGGAGGGUUUUUCACAGGAUGGGCGCCACUACCGAGAAGGCCCUCUGCCUGGUUCCCUGUAACCUCACUUCUCGCAGGGAGGGAACCACCAGAAGGCCCUCGGUGCUGGACCUCAGUGUCUGGGUAGAACGAUGGGGGUGGAGACGCUCCUUCAGGUAUACAGGACCGAGGCCGUUUAGGGCUUUAGAGGUCAGCACCAACACUUUGAAUUGUGCUCGGAAACGUACUGGGAGCCAAUGCAGAUCUCUCAGAACUGAUGUUAUGUGGUCCCAGUGGCCACUCCCAGUCACCAGUCUAGCUGCUGCAUUCUGGAUUAAUUGCAGUUUCCGGGUCACCUUCAAAGGUAGCCCCACGUAGAGCACGUGGGAAUAGGAUAGGAAUAGGGGGUUGCAUGGGUCUUUGGUCUGAUCAAGCUGCAGGAUUCUUCUGAGGCUUUUCAUUGGUGAUCUCAGCCACAGAGAAUCAAGUCUGCCCUCAUAUUCACAAGAACCCCAUCCUGGAGCUCUGCUUCUUGUUUCAGACUUGAGUGUUUUUAAGUGUUUGGAAAUGGUUUCCUGAUAUUUGCAGAUUGCUAUUUCAGAUAAUCCUGCCUUAAACUGUUUCAAAUCUUUUAGACUUAGAAAUACUUGCUGCAGCUCAAAACAUAUCAGAGGAAAUGCGGUAUUUUGCCAAUAAAAAUGAUGAACUGCAAAAAGAAAUUGGUAAGCUAUCCUACGAUGCUGAAGAAUUGUAGCGCAGUGGGAACCUGACCUGAGUCUGCACCAGCUGAAAGCCCCUCCUCUAGCUGAAAACUCUUAGAGCCACCCUAGGGAAACAGCAGAGAUAUUCAGAUCAGCUCUCCUGAACUGUUGAGAUUUAGCUUCUAUUGCGAGGAAAGACAAGCCCGUCAUCAGAAAGAAGCCCUCAUGCCCACUCACACAGUGAAUUGACCCCUUGGCCACUGAAUACAUAAUUGGUAGAGCGAUUAUAAAAUUGUCUAUAAAGCUUUAGAUGUAAAAGCAAAGAAUGGGAAUGAAUGCCUAUUACCUUACUUGUACAUUUGUUGUUUAGUCGUUUAGUCAUGUCCGACUCUUCGUGACCCCAUGGACCAGAGCACGCCAGGCCCUCCUGUCUUCCACUGCCUCCCGCAGUUUGGUCAGACUCAUGUUUGUAGCUUCGAGAACACUGUCCAACCAUCUCGUCCUCUGUCGUCCCCUUCGCCUGGUGCCCUCCAUCUUUCCCAACAUCAGGGUCUUUUCCAGGGAGUCUUCUCUUCUCAUGAGGUGGCCAAAGUAUUGGAGCCUCAGCUUCAUGAUCUGUCCUUCCAGUGAACACUCAGGGCUAAUUUCCUUUAGAAUGGAUAGGUUUGAUCUUCUUGCAGUCCAUGGGACUCUCAAGAGUCUCCUCCAGCACCAGAAUUCAAAAGCAUCAAUUCUUCGGCGAUCAGCCUUCUUGAUGGUCCAGCUAUCACUUCCAUACAUCACUACUGGGAAAACCAUGGCUUUAACUAUAUGGACCUUUGUUGGCAAGGUGAUGUCUCUGCUUUUUAAGAUGCUGUCUAGGUUUGCCAUCGCCUUUCUCCCAGGGAGCAGGCAUCUUUUAAUUUCGUGACUGCUGUCACCAUCUGCAGUGAUCUUGUACAUAGAAGCAAGCUAAAGAUGGUCAGCAGCAAAACACACAUUUUGUGAGAGUUGUAUAAUGCCAUUUCCCCUCUUUCACUUUGUCUUUGGGAAAUAUCAUUGCCUUUAAAGACAUAUGCCAAAACCAGGCCUAAACUGAAAAGGAUCCAGAAAAUUCUGAUUGAAAUGGAUCUAGAAAAUCAGUUUCCUCCAAGAGCACCUGGAUCUGGUCCGCAACCACCCGCUCAAGAACCUUGACCAGGAAGGGGAGAUUAGCAACUGACAGUCAGUUACGUAAAUUUUCUGAGCCCAGGGAAGAUUUCUUAAGGAGUGGUUUUACCACUGCCUCCUUCAAUCUGGAUCUGGGACGCGGGUGGCGCUGUGGGUUAAAGCCUCAGCGCCUAGGACUUGCCGAUCGAAAGGUCGGCGGUUCGAAUCCCCGCGGCGGGGUGCGCUCCCGUCACUCGGUCCCAGCGCCUGCCAACCUAGCAGUUCGAAAGCACCCCCGGGUGCAAGUAGAUGAAUAGGGACCGCUUACCAGCAGGAAGGUAAACGGCGUUCCGUGUGCUGCGCUGGCUCGCCAGAUGCAGCUUGUCACGCUGGCCACGUGACCCGGAAGUGUCUGCAGACAGCGCUGGCUCCCGGCCUCUAGAGUGAGAUGAGCGCACAACCCUAGAGUCUGUCAAGACUGGCCCGUACAGGCAGGGGUACCUUUACCUUUACCUUUUACCUUCAAUCUAGGGUUCCCCUCCCCGCCUCCACAGAGAGCCUAGAGAGAGAAAGAGAAUUUUGAUAAGCCACAGCUACUUCCCCUCCCCAAUCUUCAAGUCUGCCCUGAUGUUGUCCUGAGUAUCCAGGUGGAAACAAAUAGGUGAGGCCCCUGAGGUUCAGAUAAGGCCUGUUAGGGGACAUACAUCUUUUGUCUAUUCCCUCAAAUAAAAGGUUCUUGACUGCACUCCCAGCUAUGCCCACCCAGGUAUUUACUGCAGCAUCAGCAUGGGCUGAAGAGUUAAUGUUGUUCUUGUUUUAAUCUUCCUGAGCUUCCUAGAUGAAUAUAUGUUAUCACAUGGCCACAGAAAUGAACUUAACAAAAAUAAUUGAAAUCUGCACAGACAUACAAGGUGGUUCCCAUUAAAUUCCCUAUUUUUCUCUCUCUACUUCCUCCAUACAUGGCUUGACUCAAAGAUAUCCUUAUUGAAAACUUGAACGAUGGCUGGGUUAUAUAUGAAAGGACCUUAUAUUGGUUUUCUAGUGAGGUAGCCUCAUGGAUGGAUGCCCAGAAAAAUUGUGAGCUGGAAGGCGCCAACCUCCUUUCUGCGGAAUCAGUGGAAGAACAGGUGAGCAUCAAAGCUGAGUAUAGGAAAGGUAGGGGAUCUUCUUGAGCUAAUGGGCUCCUAUCAUCACUAUCCAUUUAAGAAGGUUACAUUUACCUGUAUGCAGCCAAGACAGCAACUCCAUCAGUCAAGCCAAGGGGUGGGUGAGGCAGGGAGCAGCUGCUACCAUCUGGGACUAACUAAGGUUUCUUGGAGCUGCUGAGCUCUAAUAGAAUGAAGCUGGCAUUCAGGAAGGAGGUUUUGAAGGGAGUGAAGGAGGAGAUACUUGAGGGGCAUCUAUCCCUUGGCUUGCCGGUAAAUUCUUCCUCUACUCUGUGAGAUGUACUGAGUGCUUAGAAAGAAGGCUUUGCUCACCACCCUAACCCUCUGGCAUGACAGUAUCAUGGAGAUGACUCCAGAGGAGCUUGCAGGGUAGAUCCAGUGUGGUGUAGUGGUUAAGAGAGCCAGUGUGGUGUAGUGGUUAAGAGCGGUAGUCUCGUAAUCUGGGGAACUGGGUUCACAUCUCCGCUCCUCCACCUGCAGCUGCUGGGUGACCUUGGGCCAGUCACACUUCUUUGAAGUCUCUCUCAAAAGGAUGUCACAUAGAGGAGGGAGAAAGGUUGUUUUCUGCUGCUCCAGAGAAGCGGACAUGGAGCAAUGGAUCCAAACUACAAGAAAGAAGAUUCCACCUAAACAUUAGGAAGAACUUCCUGACAGUAAGAGCUGUUCAACAGUGGAAUUUGCUGCCAAGGAGUGUGGUGGAGUCUCCUUCUUUGGAGGUCUUUAAGCAGAGGCUUGACAACCAUAUGUCAGGAGUGCUCUGAUAGUGUUUCCUGCUUGGCAGGGGGUUGGACUCGAUGGCCCUUGUGGUCUCUUCCAACUCUAUGAUUCUAUGAUUCUAUGAUUCUAUGAUUCUAUGAGCCCCACUCACCUCACAGAGUCUUUGUUGUGGGGGAGGAAGGGAAAGGAGAAUGUUAGCCGCUUUGAGACUCCUUAAAGGGAGUGAAAGGCGGGAUAUCAAAUCCAAACUCUUCUUCUUCUUCUAGAUCCCUCUCCCAGAGCCUUAGCCCUGGCAGAAGGGCUACUGGGGUGCUACAGGGCAUAGACAUGGGUGAGACCCCAUCAUCAUGCCAUUAAGCAUACCACAACCAGACUGAUUCCAGUGUCUCUGGAACCAACCAACAAACAUGGAUGCAGAAACUGGAGUAUUUGCCACACAGGUCACUGUCCCACUAGAUGGCUCCAAGACCAACUGUUCUAUGGCACAGUCAUUAACAGUAUUUGGAAAUUUUAACUCUGUGUCAUGACUGGAAUACAUAUGUAGCCAGUCUUGGUGAGGGCAGGUGAAGUUACCCUUCACUACAAUAUUUCCUCUUUGGAAUGCUUCCUUGAUUCCAUCAUCAUCAUUCAUUAUCAUCAUAAUGUUGAUCAGGGGGACAAUACCACAUCCACUGUAUGAAAUUAUUAUUGGUGAUGGGAAUACUAUGUAUAGUUUUGAUCACUGCUUCCAAAAAAAAUGUGGGUAGGGUCUUCAAAGGUGACACCUGUUCCUUUUAAAAUGUGUUUGUUUUAUGCCUGUUGAAUUUCUGUAAAGGGCUGUAGUCUCCCAGAGAAAGGGUCAUUGUCUUAAAAUAUUUUAUUUGUUCUUUCUCCACCCCUUCCCUAGCUUUUUGUGAGCACUGAAGUACAAAAUCUUAAAAAGGUUUAUUGGAUUGGAGUCUUUAAAGACAAGGGAGGGACAUGGAAAUGGCUGUCAGGGAAGAUAGCUUCAGAAACGUAAGUUUUUGAAGAAAUAUUUGUUAAUGACAUACGUUCCAAAAAGUUUCAGAUUCUGAUUACAUAAUUGAUCCAUUUGCACUCCAAAUAUAUUUUGCCAUGCACUUUUCUCUACUACCAAAGAUCUACAUAUGUACUCCUCCACAUCAUUAUCCAGGUGAGUGACUGCUUCUUCUCCCUAGGUUGCAGAGGCAGGAAGGCCACUCUUCCUGCUUCUCUAGACAAGUGAAUGUGCUGAUUCAGAAGAGGGUGAAAACAUGCUUUUAAAUGGUUUGUGCUGCUUAGCUCAGCUUCAAAGGGACAUGUAGGAACCUAAAGCUGAGCAACACUCUCUUUCGGAAAAUAUUUCUACAGUUUAUUAUUGUUAUUAUUAUUAAUUUUAUUGAAGUUUUUAUCUCUACAAAAUAACAGAAAGAAAGGUUUACACAUAUGUACAUGUUAGUAACACAAAGCAUCCCCCCACCUCACCCACCACCAUUGGUUCGACAUAACUCGAAAUGUGAGUUAAAAUCUGACUUCCUUCCAUCGUUGCUUGACCUUAAUUCUAUAACUUAUCUUUACAGUUGUGUUGUUAUAUUGUAUUUGACAAAUAUUCUGAUUUUACUUGCAUUUGUAACCUUUCCCCUUUACAAACUUUGUUCUUUACAUAUCAAUAUUUCUGUACCAGAGCAGUGUUUUUUCGUAUAUUCUUUCAUGAAACUCCAUUCUUUUAUUAAAUUUUGAUUUGUUUGACCUCUGAUAGCUGCCGUCAUUUUGGCCAAUUCAACAAAUUCAAUAAGUUUGAUUUGCCUUUCUAUUAUUGUGGGUAUUUUGUCUCCCUUCCAGUUCUUUGUUAUAAGAACUUCCUGACAGUAAGAGCUGUUCGACAGUGGAAUUUGCUGCCAAGGAGUGUGGUGGAGUCUCCUUCUUUGGAGGUCUUUAAGCAGAGGCUUGACAACCAUAUGUCAGGAGUGCUCUGAUGGUGUUUCCUGCUUGGCAGGGGGUUGGACUCGAUGGCCCUUGUGGUCUCUUCCAACUCUAGGAUUCUAUGAUUCUAUGAUUCUAUGAUUCUAACUCUUGCGGCAGCGGAUGCAUAGAAGAAUAUCCUUUUCUUAUUUAUGGGGAUGUCAUUUGUUAUUAAUCCCAGAAGAUAUGCUUCUUAAAAGAUACGUUUCCAAGUAAUAGUAGAAGGCAUGGGGAGGGAGUGAGGAAGUAGACAUCCAAUCUUGAUCGAUCAGUGCUGCUGUUUCUUUUCUUUUCAGCUACUGGAAUUACUAUGAGCCAAAUAGAGAACCGAACCACGACUGUAUUGCAAUGUCCUUUGAUUGCUACUACAACAAAUGCUGGAUGGCAGUAAAAUGUGAUCUACCAAUAAACUAUGUUUGUAAGAAGGUGCCUAAGGAUACUUGGCUCUAAAAAGACACCUUAAGAUGAACGUAACUGGAUCCCAUGAUCACUACACAAAAACAAAACCAAGAGAUCACCCACCCCGCUGUUUUAAUGCACAAUCCGCACUCUGCCACCUACGUUUUGGGACUCUCUGGUAUCAGCCCUCAAAAACCACCUUGAAAAGACCUUAUUCUGCAAGCUCAAAUGUAGAUGACUACAGAAAUAAAGAAUGGAAGGAUCCAAUCAUAGCCA